AUGUCUUUGGCUGAUACAGCAGAAACCCGUUCGGACCAGCAUUUCCGCGGGGGGGCCUCCGAAGGCAGCGGGCCGGCCGCGGAGCCCAGGGGCAGCCCCCGCGCCGCCGGCUUUCCCGCGAACCGCAGCGCUUCCCCCAAGAGCGACGGGCACAGCGGGUCUCAGUGUUCCUGCAGGAGCUUUUCUUUCGAUGACUAUUCAGAGGACUUUCUCUCUGAAGGCUCAGAAACAGCUGCUCAUAGAAAUUACUCAGAGAAGCCUGUGGUUAAGGGGAAAAAGGAAGAGAAGAAAAGCAACGUUUCUAAAGUCUCCCAAACCAAAGGCCAGAAGGAAAUCUCAGUUGAAAAAAAGCACAACUGGAAUGCAUCAUUUUUAAAUUCUAAAAUCAAUAUGAUUACCCAGAGAAGAGAUGCUGUGACUCAUCGCAUACUCUCAGCAAGGCUCCAUAAAAUUAAAGAACUAAAAAAUGAAUUAACUGAUAUACAUCGUAAACUGGAAGCCACAGUUGUAGAAAACCAGUUUUUGAAACAACUUCAGAUUAGGCACUUGAAAGCUAUAGGAAAAUAUGAGACUUCACAAAAUAAUGUACCUCAGAUUAUGGUUAAACAUCAAAAUGAAGUUAAAAAUUUAAGGGAGCUCCUUAGGAAAUCCAAAGAAAAGGAAAGAAUUGUCUCUAGGAAACUCAGAUACACCGACAGCGAAUUGCUGAAGACCAAAGACACCCUGCGGGCACUGCAGACGCUUUCUGAAGACAAAAGUCUGGCAGAGAGGGAAGAACUUACUCAAAGAUUGGCUAUUCUUACAACAAAAAUGGAGGCAAAUGACAAAAAAAUACAGAGCUUAGAGAAGCAACUGAGGCUGAACAACAAAGCCUUCAGUCAGCAGUUGGCCAUGGAGAACCAGAAGACUUUAGCUGCCCAGACAGCUAAGAAGACUCUGCAAGUGGAAGUCAAACGCCUUCAGCAAAAACUUAAGGAGAAGGAGCGAGAGCUUGAAAUUAAAAACAUCUAUGCUAUUCGGAUAAUGAAAAAUUUACAUGACAAAGAAGAUUAUCCAAAAGUUUCUUCAACAAAAUCAGUACAAGCAGACAGGACGGGUGUUUCAUUUACAAGUAUGAGACACCAGGAAACCCAAAAGUCGGAAGACAUUCCAUCUUUGAUGACUAAGAGUAAAAAGACAACGGGAAACACUGGUCAUAAAGAAAAACCAGCUGAAGUAGUCCGUGUAAUUCCUCACUAUAUCAGUAAACUACCAAGCCAAGAAGAUUCCAAGAGAAAAUAUGAAGAUUUAUCAAAGGAAGAGGAACAUUUGAAAGUACAAGCAGCUCUGGGGAGUAUUGGAAGACAGAGGGAGAAAAAAGCAAAUCAAGAGAAGGAAACCACUUUAGAAAAAGAACAAGAACUACCACCAGAAAGAAUUCAAGUCAUUCACCCUGAACAGGAAGGCCAGCAGAAAAACAACGCAGCAAAGGAAGAGGUUAAAAAUAGUCUGCAAAUAAGUGACACGGACGAAGCACCAAAUAAAAAUGCUGCUCCAAAUACCAAAAUACUCCUCAGACAAAGAAAGCAUUAUUCAUUUACAGUAGCGACUGAAAAUUUGCACCACGGGCUCCCCGCUUCGGGCGGGCCAGCCAACGCCGGCAAGCGGCGCGGCUGCACAGAGACACCGAAGGCAAAGCCGUCCGCGAGCGCCUACGAGCCCUCUUUCGGGAAGCCUUCCGGGACAGGAGCGAAAGACGCAGCUUUCAGGGAGAAGAAGAGCAGUCUGAUGGAGGAGCUCUUUGGACCAGGCCACGUCUUUGAAAAUGACCAGGCCGGCACUGCUGUUCAAGGGCCUGAAGAGACGUGGAAAAGUAUGAAGGUGCCUCAGCGGCCCCCUGGUCAGGCCUCCACCGGCCACGCUUUCGGAGAUUCUAAAGGAAGUGUGGGGAACUCUAUUAAAUCCUCUUCGCCUACAGAAGGAAAAAUAAAAGUAAUUAUUUAA